AUUUAUAAGUUACCACAUUUAAACUAAUAGUUGUUGAACUGUUUUCAUAUUAAGUUUCCUUAUUUUUGUUACUUAUAAUAAAACAAAUGCUUCAAAGUAACAUGACACUGUUUCAUUAUAUUGUAUGACAAUCCUUAAUCCAUUCUAUUAGGCAGAUUUCAUUUUUUUUUGGUUUUUCAAAUAUUUGGCAUAUAGAACAUUUGGAGCAGAAGGCUAGUUUGAUGGCUGCUAAAUAAUAUGCUUGUCUAUAUUUAAACCAACAAUUCGUUAUCUUUUAAACUUUUUAAAUUUAUUUAUGGCUUUGCAAGAGUUAAUUAUGUUACAAUUACUUUUAUAAUUAAUGAGAAAUGAAAUUUUUGAAAAGCAUUAUUAUUACCUGUUUAUUACAGGAUGUGUAGUCUUGAUGGAGAUAAAACAGAUAAGUCUGAUUCACCUGCACAAGUUACUACAAAAGCAACGUUUGAUUUUCAAACAACAAAUACUAAUUCUUAUGAUUAACAAACAAGAAAUAUAAACAUUAAAAUAAAGCAUAAAGAGUGUACAAAAGAUAUGGAAUUGAAUCAUUUAGUCAGAGAGUUGCAAACAUGCACAGAGGACACUGUUAUUUUUAGAAGAUUGAUAAACUAUGCUUGGUCACACAAACAGCCAUGGAAUAAUGAAAAUUUGAAACAAUGGCAACCAAUUCUUACACACAUUAUACAAGCCUGUAUUCCAAACCCAGAAAUAAAAAGAGAAAGAACCUUGUUAGCUUCUCACACUUUUUUUGCUUUAUUGUCAAUGGAACCUACUUUGGUUCUAUUAAAAGACACCUUUAAUAAUUUAUUAAUAUGUGAUUCCAAUGAGCUGUGCUUCUUGGAUAAGAAGUAUGAUACUAUGCAGCCUGAAUUAUUGAAAUUAAUUUGUGUUCAUGGAUACUUACAAGUAAAUUAUAAAGAAAUGUAUUCAGAUGAUGAUUGUAUUCUCAUGUUCGAUACUGUAUACGAACAUUGUAUAAAAUAUACUGAACAUUCUUAUUUUGCAUACAAAAUAUUGUACCUGUGGUUACACAGAACCAUGGAUACAAAUUUUUGGAAUACAUGCGAUUUAAUAACAGAGCAAAGACUAGAGGCAAUUAUUUUUUCGAAUUGGUGUAAUGCUAUUAGUGAAAUAAGCAAACAAAACUCAGUAUCCAUUUUUAAUAUGUACCUGAAAAUUAUGGAAAAAAAGUACAAUGGAUAUCUGGAAUUUGUAUUUAAACAUUGUGUCGAUAAAAUCUCUUGGCAGAACGAAAUAAAAUACGACAUACUCGCAGAAAUUUGCGAAGUUUGGGAUAAUACUACAAUUAUAACAUCUCGUGACUUUUUAUUUUCUUUGAGCACAAGCUUAACAAAAUAUUAUCUGCGCUCAGCAGGAACAAAGGUUUAUAUUGCCAUUAUAAAGAAAUUAAGCGAAGAUCAAUGGAAGAGAGCAUUCGGUUACAUAAUGAAUUAUCUCUUUCAUCAUUGGGAAACAAUGGAAAAUGCAAAUCAUAAUGCUCUUCAAUUACUUUGUAAACACUGGAUUGAACCAGUUGUUAAAAAGUACAGAAAUAUUUUACCAUAUUUAUGGGAUAUGACCAUGGAUAUAAAUGAACUUUUUCUUUGUUCACAUCUUCAGAAAAUGGCUAGUGAAAUGCGUAUUGAUCUUCCACAAAAAUCAACAAUUGAAUGCUAUAUAAAUCAUAAAGAAGACAUUGUGAGAUUAAAUGGUUUUGCAAUAUAUUGUUACAAAGUAAAUGAUUUAUAUGAUGAAAACAGAGAUCGAUUCUUUCCAAUACGGAAUUUUUUAUGGCACAAUGCAAAUGCUACAACAGUGCAUAUGAGAGAUGGAAUUGUCAAAUAUUUCAAAAUAUUAUAUACCAAUAUUUUAAAAAUGUGUGACACCAACCCAGAUUGCCUAGACGAUGUAUAUUACAUUACACAUUGGUUGCAUGAAUUUUUGUUGGAUUGCUUCGAAAUUGGCUCCUGUUAUCAACGAAAAAAACUUGGUUUAAAUUUAUAUAAGGCCAUACUGUCCUUUAGCAACGAGAACGGAUCGAAUAAAUCUAAUAACAUUGAGAAUACGUCUUGUACUUUAUUACUGCAAAAGCAUUUGAAGGCAACAGAGAACUGGAAGUUUACAAAUAAACAAAGCUUAUUUGCUUUAUUAAAGCUUGUAUUAGACUCUGCACUUGAUGUCAAACAACUAAGUACUUGUAUUAUUCUUGAGUACUUUGACAAGGAUAUUUUAACUAAUUUAGAGUUUCAGGUAUUGUAUAGAGUGGCAUUGAAACACUGUAAUUCUUCUAAAUUCUAUGAAAUCGAAAGUGGUGCUGCUCUAGUAUCAGUUUUAGCAAACUGGCUACCUAUAGAUGCCUUGCAAAGUACUCUUGCAAUAUGUGAUAGAAACAAACAUAAAAAUUGUAAUAGUUAUACGAGAUAUUCAGAAUUUUUGCUUAAUGAAUCAGCAAAUCAAUUAGCACAGAUGAAAACAGAUAUAUUAAAGGCAAUUGUUCAGAAUAAACCAUUUUAUGGGAUGUUGACUGCUCUAUUAAAUAUUGCUUUUCAAAAUGGCCCAGAAUAUUGUUACCUAACUGCAGAAUUUGUUGAAAAAAUAUUACAUCUAUUGGAGAAUGCUACAAAUUUCUUUCUAUCUGUACUUUCUUCGAAAUCAGAGAAUACAGAAUAUUCAUCAUCGUUUGCAGAAAUGGGAUUAGCAAUUGACGAAGCAAUUAAAAACAGCGAAGUAAACAACAUUAAUUUUGACGAGUUAAAUUUAACUCCUGCACAUCAUGUUCUCAUUUCUUGUAUUUGGAUGUCUUUAAAGGUAAUCUGUGAAAUGGCUUGCGAAAUAGGAGUAUUAAUGUAUUCAGAUGAAACUGUGAAGUGUUCUACUGAUAUUAUCGUUACUAUAUUACUCAGGUGUAGGCACAAAGGUGUAGUGGAAGCUGCUGGUACAGCAAUAGGACACUUAACUAGAUGUUUAUGCAAAGAAACUAAGUACUGUGAUUUGCCUAAAAUACACGUAUCACGUAUACUAGAAAACGGUGACAUGCAUUCUUUGAACAUUACUAGAAGAGGUGCUGGGCUAUCGAUAAUGUUUCAUAAAAUUGUCGUCAGCGACAAUCGAAGAGAUAGACCUAUUUUACAUUUUGCUGUACAAAAAUUAUUGGACUUGUUGAACAAUUUCGCAGAUGCUUCUCUAAACAACGUAGAAUCUCAACACGAUUCUCCGUGGGCGAGGCGUUUGCAUUUCUUGCGUACCUUAGUAGCCGAUAAAGAAAUACACGCGCAAUUAAUUCCAUAUAUGCAAAGGAUUUCGUUGAUUUGUUUCAGAUAUUUGGAAUCUGAAAUAUGGACUAUAAGAAAUGCAGGCCUACAGUUGUUUGGUGCAAUUGUUCCAAGAUUAGCAGGCCAAAGUUGUGGAGAGGCUUUUGACUUUGGAAAUGGUUACCCCAUUAAUCAUUUCGUCACGCAUUAUCCUGUACUCGCGGAUUACGUUAUGAAAGAAUUGCAUAAUUUUUCGUCUACGUUCAUGAACUUUUCUACUGCGUUGUAUUUACAUUCGAAUAUCGUGCACAUUCUUAUUCUUCUCUCAAAGUAUUCAAACAGCGGUUGUAAUUUGAUCGAUUAUUCUUCGAAGGAGUUUGUAUCGAAGGUUAAGCAUUUAAUUCGUACUUUAUUUAAUAAUCCCGUUUUAUAUGUCAGACUGUUAGCGGCGAAGGCAUACGCAGCGUUAACAGACUUUUUGAGCAUUGAAUCCGAGAUCAUGGUAUUGAAACACGAGGUUUCUUCGAGCCGAAAUGCUAAUUUCAUUCAUGGUUACUUAUUGACGAUGAAGUAUUUGAAGGAAAAGUUAUCGUUCGAAAUCGACAAUAUAAAUUUAAAGUUAAAUUCAAGACAAUACACAAGUCAGGAAUCGGAACAGUGUAUAGAAUUAUUACGGUUCCGAAAAGUAUUACGGACGUUUAGUAAUAUGUCUGAAAAGAAAAAUAAUCCACAAAUAUGUUAUAUGUUAGAAGCAUUAUUUUUACAACUAUCGGAAUCUAUUUCUGAGCAAAUGUGUGUCACAGAUAUAUUUCCCUUUGAUCAAAACAUGUCUGUACUAUCUUCCGAAAAGAUAAUGCCAGGAUUUUUCCAAUUUAUCGAUCUUUCUACGAAAUUAUAUGCAGACUAUGUUAAUCGUACGAAUAUCAUUAACAUUGACAUUCUGCAUAAAACAUUAGACUCUCGUUGCAUCGAUCAAAGUACUUCUUUCCUAAAUUACUUAUCGUAUCGUGUACCCGUCCUAAAAAGUGUUCUCAAACGUUUAUUAUCAAACGAACAGGAUUACGAUGAAUUGCUUCUGAAUGCAAUGGUGAACUACGUCCUAGGAACUUUGAAACAUUUGCCAAUGUCAGAUUUAAGGAAAUUAGACAUUGAGAAGUUGUUAGGUAAUUUAUCUAUGCAAACAGAAGAAAGUGCAAGGUAUUCUAGUUUCUGGCGUUUGAAGUAUAUACUAAUAAUAAUAUUUUCUAAGAAUGAAACGAUUAUAAGCACGAUAUUGUCUCAUGUUUUCGAUUUAUGUGUUCACGAAGAAGAACAUAUGAGACAGAUAGCAGUCGAAUUCAUGGAAUUCUCAGCGCAUCGUUUUGCAGAACUAACAAACCAAAAUAAAUUAACGAUUUUGUAUUGCUGUUUGAUUUUGUUGAAGGAUGAAAUUUCAGAAAUACGUGAAGCUACCGCGGAUAGUUUAAGAGCACAUGUUUUACGAUCAAUUAGCACCGAAUGCAGUAAUUUAGAACACGUUGAACACAUAUAUCAAAGACUACUGUCUAAAGUUAUGCUUGAUCGAUCGACAUUUUUCACAAACGAUAAUACCAAUCUAUAUUUCGUGAAACUGUUUACGCACAGUAUUAAAAACUUCGACGUCAACGUCACAAUCGAGAAUCCUUUCUAUCACGAUGACAAUCCUUUUUACAGGGAAGAGUCGAAGUUCUUAAAUCUUUGUUUUUAUUACAUACAACGAAGUAAGUACAGUUCUGACAAGUGCUCUAUAGAAAAUAUCGCAGAAUACAAUGGCGAGAGUGUCAUUGACGUCUUGAAUAAAACUGAAACGAAAUAUCAGCUUCAAGAAAAAUGUCUCGAUUAUACUAACUUAGAAGUUCUCUUAAAUACUAAAUACGUAGAUUAUUUAUUAAGGAAACAAAGAAUUGUAAUACAGGAGUACAGCUAAUUAUGAAAAAAAAGUAAUGUACUAUUACAACGAAAUAAACGAUAAGCAAUGAUGAUGCAUUUUAUAAUUAAAAAUUAAUCAUAUUUAUCGAGGAAUUCCAAAAUAAAUGCUUUGUAAAUCGUCAAAGUACACAAGAGAUAUUUAAUAGUCCUGAAUAAAUACAUCUGUACACCUUAAGAUUAUAAGAAUGUGUACACAUUCGCAAAGUUUAUAAUUUUAUAUUUACAUUAUACUACAUUAAUCGUAUCAGAAUAUUAGAAAAUUUUGAACGAUCAUAGAAUAUAUUAUACAUUGCGAAAUUCUCGUUCUUUCCAUCGUAUCUACAGUUUGCACCAUUGCGCGAUAUUAAAUAUAAUCUAGUGAAUUUUUUUAUUGUGACAUCUUCCAGGAAAUUACGUUUCUUUAACUGUCGAGCUAACAAUAAUAAUACGAAUUAAAAUUAUCGCGUGACGUCGAUGUUUUUCACGAUGUAUUGCUUGAUUAUGAAAAGAAAAAACAUCGGCGACGUAUAAAAUUACAAAAAUUCAAUUUCAAAAGAUAUUCAGGUAUUAAGCAGAUUUGUCUAUUUGAAGAAACUUUUAUUCGCUAACUUCGCAUCGUCCUUUACUUAAAUGCAUUUGUAAUUAAAUGACAAUUGAAGAAAGAAGAUGACAUUCGCCGUGAAAGAAGCAGUUGUGCAACAGAGUAUUCAAAAGUAGCUUCUUUCUUCAACAUUAAGCUAUCAAAAACUUACUUCUAAUAAUUUAUUUGAACACUAUGCCGUGCUUUUGCAUAUGAAAUAAUUAUACACGAUGAAAAUGGAUCAGAGCAUAACAGAUUACAGUCAGUUAUGUAGGUACAGUUUGCUAAAUAUUCAAAUUUUUUACAAUUCUUAAAUUGUCAUCCAAAUAAAAUAGUUUAUAUUAAAUGAAAAUUUCCAAACAAUUUGUAACUCGCUUCUGAUCUCAAUAUAUUUCGCGUUUGAGUUUUAUCUUCUUGCCCGACCAGAUAGUCCUAGCGACUAUUUGAUCAGUCUUUGUGAUAUGUCGCUAACCGUUACAUUAAAUUUCUUUGGUGAUCAUUUCUAUUUACAUCCAAGUAUGUUAUAUAAUAAUUACUAAAGGGUGCGUAGUCUGACAAUCAAUUUUUAAGAAAUAACAAAAAGAAAAGAAUCGUGCACUUACAGUUGUGUUUUUUUUUCAUUAACAUUAAGUAGUCAACAUUACCUAGACAAACAUUAAACUAACAAUAUUAUUACUAUUGCUAUUAAUAGUAAAUGUAGAUGAUGUACGUAUGAAACUAAAAUUAAGAUUUAAUAUUCUACCAUAAAGCAGUGAAAAUGAUUGAAAGUCAAUGGGUCUUAAAAGUAUUUGCUUUAAAAAGUUGCUGUUAAACACAAUUGUGUAUCUAUUUAGAUUGGCUUUAAUAAUCAGUAAAAAUGAACAGAAUUAUUAUUUAACUAUAAUACAGUUAAUAUGAAGUCGGAAUUUUUAGAACAAUUGACGCGAUUAAAUGAUUUUUUGAAAAUAGAUUCGUUAAGAACUUUUUUUUUUAUCAUUCUAAAAUUAAACUAACUAUAUCAAGAUGCAAGCAGAUAUAUGCGUUUUACGUUCGUUCAAACAUUUAACAUUGUAAGAACAACAAACUAUUUUGGAAAAAUUUGUUGAAAGUAUUUUUUUCUUGUACGUAUGCGGAGACUUUCACCAUUAAAAUUAUUCAAUAUAUCUUUCUAUUAUAAAUGGGGUACUCCUCUAUAUUGGAGUACGAAAACUUGGGCUUGUAACUAUAGAAGCACCGUUAUUUCUUAAUACGGUCAAUUUUAGUAUAUAUGUGCCUUCGUUAGAUAAUUUUGCAUAAUACAAUAGAAAUAUUCAGGAACCAUUAUUUUUUUUAUACAUCUCGAUCAAGUACGUAGCGGCAA